AUGUCUGAAGAACAAGUUAAAGUUGCAGUUCGUAUUAGGCCUUUCAACACACGGGAGAGAGAGAGGAAUGCAGAGUUGAUAGUUUCCAUGAAUGGUAGCACAACAACGAUUAGGCAUCCAGAAAAUCAAAAGGAUAUUAAGCAAUUUACAUUCGAUCAUUCAUACUGGUCACACGAUGGUUUUAAAACUGAAACUGAUGGCGUGCUGGUACCGGAUGGGGAAAAUUCAAUAUAUGUUAGUCAACGGCAUGUCUUUGAUGAUUUGGGUCGUGGUUUACUUGAAAAUGCGUUCAGUGGAUAUUCAUGUUCAUUAUUCGCCUAUGGACAAACUGGUUCUGGAAAGUCCUAUUCCAUGAUUGGCUAUGGACCUAAUAGAGGCAUUGUACCAAUCAUAUGCGAGCAGCUAUUUGAUAGAAUUGGCAAGAACAACGAUCCUAAUAAGAAAUUCCAAGUUACUUUGACGAUGAUGGAAAUAUACAAUGAACAAAUUCGUGAUUUGUUAACAAGAGAUAAAUCGUCUCAAACGAAUUUACAAAUUAGACAAUCACCAGCCCAAGGAUUCUAUGUGCAAGGUUUAACACAGGUACCAGUUGGAUCGUAUGGUGAAAUUGAACAAAGAAUGAAUCAGGGUACUGCGCGUAGAACUGUAGCGGCAACAAAUAUGAAUGAAACUAGUAGCAGAGCUCAUACUAUAAUUACAAUAACAUUUGAUCAACUCAUUGGUUCUGAAGAGUCUAAAAUAUCAAGAAAGCGUUCAGUAAUAAAUUUAGUUGAUCUAGCAGGUUCUGAACGAGCCGAAAGCACAGGAGCGACUGGAGACCGCUUAAAAGAAGGUGCAAAAAUCAAUCGAUCAUUAUCAGCAUUGGGUAAUGUCAUAUCCGCAUUAGCUGAAAAUAAAAAGUCAUUCCUUAUCGGGAUUCAAUACUUACUAAACUGCUACAAAACGCUUUAG